CUUCGCACUGCACACUGCCUCCAACUGUUUGCCACAACAGCACAGGAACAGCCGACCACAUCCACCUGGAACCAUGCAGCCCGCCGAAGCCAGAUUCAACAAAAACAGCCUUCUCCUGGCUCUGAGACGAUACAGCUUAGCCGUCAGUGACAUGGAGCAGACCAUUCUCCUGCCAAGUCUGCUGCGAGACCUGCCCUCUGACGAGCUCUGGGAUUGCGAAGCAGCAGAAGAGACCUGCACAGACCUGUACGACAACUACCUGAUGCUCAAGGCCAUCCGGAACACAGUGGAGAGCGGCCACGUUCCCCUGGAUGACCACAAGGCCAAGAACAGCACAGCACUUAACAAGUCUUUGGAGCCUCUGUUGGACGCAGAUCCCGAAGUUCUCUUUCGCUUCCACCUGAAAGGACUGUUUUCCGUAAUGGGGGACCUCACCAAGAAGACUCAGAGCCUCACAGAGAAAUACAUGGACAUAAUCGGAGUGGCAAACUAACGGCAAAACAUAAUAUAUGUGGACAUCAAACCAAAUAUCUGCUGUUUUUAUUAGUGUAGCGUGUGUCACCUAAAUAUGUCAAAUGUCUGAACUGUUUACAUUCAGUGAGGUCAUGCUUCCAACUUCAUGAACAUGGAAUAAAUGUGCAUUGCCAAAACUGA